AAAACAUCCGUUGCAAAUAUGAAAACAUACACGAGACACGUGCGUAGAGUGCGCUCCUGUUAAUAACGAAACAGAAUUCAAUGCAGCAAUUAUAAUGGGAAUUAUGCGAUUCAUUGAUUGGAAUUGUGCACGAUUUUUGUGAUCGGAAUUGGUCAUUCGCAUCGAUAAUUGCCUCUCAACUCGGAAAAUCAAUUGAAGUCUCAAACGACGAUUUCGUUUAUUUUUUCAAUUGAAAUUAUGUUAGUUUGAGCAUUCCUUCAACUUUUGAACUUUUUUUUCAACUGUGAAACUUCUUUUUGAAAACCAAAAAAAAAAAAAACAAAAAAACAAAAAUACACGAAAAAGUCACAGGAAUAUCAAGUAAGUUGUACAUCUCAUUAAAAUCAUCAUCGACAACGUGAAGUAAACAUACGUACAGUUGAACAAUAACGAAUUGGAAAACAUGAUUUUCUGUGCGGAUUUAAUUAAAUGGAAUGUGAGAUCGAAAAUAUGUAGACUUUUGAUAAAACAAAUGUUUUGCAACAUGAAUUCAAUGCAAAUAUUAUAAACAAACACUGAACGGGCAGCGACGAUCACAACAGUGACAACGACGAGGACGACGGAAAAAAAGAUUACAUAUUUAAAUAUCUAUGACAAAGAGCGAGAAUAACAAAAAUAUAAAACGCGACAAAUUAAAAGAAAUACGAAAAACAAAUCGAAGAGAGAGAGAGAGAAAGAGAACUUGUUUUUAAAUUGGACAAGUGCGGAAAGUGUUAUACCUUGCCGAUCAAUGUGUUGCAAUCAAAUAAACAUCAAGAUUAAUCGAAAAAUGAUCCACCAGAUUCGUAUCAAGUAGGAGAAGAAAGAGAAAAAAAACACCGAGAUUUUUUGUUGUUGUUGUUGUUGUUCAUAAUAUUCAAACUCAAUUAAGUACGGAAUACGAUGCAUUGGUUAUUUUCUGUAAAAUGACAAACACACGACACGGCAAAAUACAAACAACAACAACAGCAACAGCAGCACAAAUAACAACCACACCAUAUCCACGUUUCAUUACAAUAAUAACAACACGGAUUAUACAUGCGAUCGCAAGCAACGAUGGCGGCACCACCAGCCCCAAUGAUAAACAUGACAAUUAUGAUGAACAUGAUGGAGGUGUCUUGAAAUCCAAAUGCAAAACACCAUUUAGUCGACAUUUUACGCGCAUCCUCAUUGUAAUUCUCAUUUCAUUCACAUUCGCUGAUAUGGUUCAUGCUGGUACUUGUUGGGCAAAACGUACCCAAGGUGGAAAAUGCAAGCAUCCAAUGGAACGCAAUGUGUCUAGAGAGAAAUGCUGUGGGGGCGGCGACGAUGUCGGUUUCACGGAAAAGGAAAUGACCGAAUUUGAAUAUUUCUUUGCAACCGCAUUGGGCGAUGGCACUGCUUGCGGUUCAUGCAUCGAUUCGUGUAAAACAGCCAAAUGUGGCGCUCAUAAGAAAUGCGUAAUGCGGUCCGGUCAACCGAAAUGUGUAUGCGCUCCAAAAUGUAAAACCAAAAAUCAACGACCAAAACGCAACGGUGGUGGCAAUCAUCAUGCACAUUCACAAUUCAAUAGUAACUAUCAAGGACUGAACCACCACCACCACCAUCAUCACCAAAGUAGCAUCGAUGACAACGACGAUACAUCACAUGACGAUGUUCAGAUUAUUAACAAUGAUCUGAAUAACACAAAUCGAUCGCACACAAAAAGUGAUAAAAUUAUAUCGAUCAUCGCACCGAUUCAUCAUCCUUCGAAUUUAAGUAGUAGUCAUAGAUCUAAGAAAAUUCACAACACCGAACAAAUGCACAACGACAAAGGUGGUGGCACUGUCAGCAAUAACAGCAGCCGACAAAAUAUGGUUAAAUCGUCAAAGCAUUUAGUUGCGAGUUCAAAUAGCAAUUCAACAGCAAGACAACACCAUCAAAGUGGCAUAAGCCAUCGUCAUAAAAUGCGAACACAUAAAAAUGAGUACAGCAACAGCAGUUUAAUCGACAAUAAUAUCGUGAAUGUGAAUCAUCGUCGGCAAACAUCCGUGGAACAACAGUUUAAAUCGAACUUCUAUGGACAUGACAUACCCUACCCUCCAAUUGAUCUGCCUCUGUACGAUAACAAUCAAUUUCAUCGGGCAGCAACAGCAGUUUGUGGAACCGACGGGCGGACAUACAAAACUGAAUGCCAAUUGAGAAGACGCGCUUGCCGACAAGAGUCGACAACUCUAUCGCUUGCCUAUAAAGGACAGUGCCAAACUUCCUGUAAGCAUGUACAGUGUCCGGUUGGGCAACAUUGUUUGGAGGAUCAAAACUUGAUGCCACACUGUGUGACAUGCUCAAUAACCUGUCCACCAUAUGAUCCUGCUGUUAAAUCGGUUAUAUCAAAUCCAGCUCGCUUAGUUUGCGGUGUCGACGGCCAAACUUACCGUAAUCUGUGCGAAAUCAAACGAACGGCAUGCCAACUGGGACGCUCCAUUCCGGUUGCAUAUCGUGGAGCUUGCAAAGAAAGCGCGAACUGUGAUACCGUCAGAUGCAAAGACAGACAAGUUUGCUUGAACGAUUUGGUAACUCACAGACCGAGAUGUGUUGCAUGCAGUUUUAAGUGUCCACGACGAAAACGACCGCAGGGCCAACAAUCAGCUUUUAUAAAAAUUUGCGGUAUGAACAAUAAAUCGUAUCAUUCAUGGUGUCACAUGAUGAGAGAUUCAUGUAAUACGGGCUAUUACAUUGAUGUCAAACAUAAUGGAGUCUGCCAAAACUCAACAAACACUUAACGUUCAUAUUUAAGAGUUUUUUUUUUAAAUUUAUUUUUAUUAAUAUUAUUAUUAUUUUUUUAUUAAUUUAAUAAAAUGUUUUUAACAAAAAUCUGUCUAUUAGAAAAUAAAAAAAAAAUGUAUCCACUGUAUAUGUCAUGCGGGCGUUUUAAUGAAGAA